UGUGCUGUUUCAACCGUGCUGUAGUAAAACCAAAUAGAAACCAGGAAUUGCCUGAAAUGAUUAGACUGCCUCAUAGGGAGGAAGGCUGUUGCCUCACCAAAUAUGGUUCCUUGUGCAAUACAAAGUGAUAAAAGCAAAAAUGAAAGGCCUCCUGUUAUAAUAGUUUUGAUUUUGAUUGUGCAAUUCACUUUUCAGAUUUUGGGCCAGAUGAUCAUUCUUGUAGCACUCUUGUAUAGUUUAGUUAAGUAGUAAAUACUUGUUUCAGUUCAGAGUUCUGUCCAAACCUCAUUUUAUACCAUUCAGACUUCUUAUUUGACAACUAGAAAGACACAUUUGUCCGCUUCGUAUGGCAAAGACUGAGCUGUUUUCAUGUGAAAAAAGGUGAUAUCAGAAUUAACUCUUCAAGGUUUGAAGUGAAACUCCAAACAAAGACAGCAACAUUUGCCAGUAAAGUUGGUCUUUUAAGUUGGAACUGAAAUGACUAUGCAAUAAUGUGUUAGGGCGCAAUAUGUGAGUUUUUUUGUGAGUCAGCUUGGAUGUGUUUGACCUUGUGGGGGUGUGAAUGCGAAGGUGGGCGGUGCCUAUGACUUUCUGCCUGUGUAUUAGCAUGUGUGACUACCAGACUGGUGUCAUAAACAAAGUGAACACAUCCACUGUCAUAAUUUGUGGACCAGGAAUAUCAUACAAGCCGGAACGUGACUUAUCGCAGCCUCAAACGCAGAAGAGCACAUUUGAAUCAGGUUGGAUCUGGAACUUUGACCUUCCCUGCUGCAUUCUUUUGGACCUUGUCGAUAUUGAUCAAUUCUUCCGCUGAAAUUUUGAACGCUUGUUUUUUCUGGGAAGUUGCCAUUUUCCAUGGUUUGCCAUCACCCUGACUGCCAAGGCCCGAAUAGCAACAGCCCCCUUCACCUGUGUGAGUCAUGUGACUCACGCUGCCACUCAGAGAAGAACGACAAUAUGCACUUUGAUCGGCACCCCCGAUUUGACUUACAACCUCAAGCUUCCAUCCUGGCCCGGAACGUGUCUACUCGAUCCUGCCCCCCUCGUACCAGCGGCCCCUCUGACCUGGAAGAAGAGGAUGAAGGGAGCUGUGACCGCGGGGAGAGGAAAGCUGGGGGAAUGAAGCUGGUAAAGAAGAAGCCAAGGAGGAGACACACUGAUGACCCCAGCAAAGAGUGCUUCAGUCUCAAGUUUGACCUCAAUGUGGACAUCAACACUGAAAUAGUACCUGCUAUGAAAAAGAAAACCUUGAGAGAGGUUCUAGGUCCAGUGUUUGAGAGGAAUGGUAUCGAACUAUCACGUGUCGACUUGUUCCUUGAUCAGUCCAACACACCACUGUCUCUUAACUUUGAGGCCUAUCGAUUUGGCGGACACUACCUCAAAGUCAAAGCACGGCCUGGCGACGAGCUAAAAGUGGAGCAGGGGGUAAAGGACAUGAGGUCACUGAGCCUGCCCAACAUGAAGCCCACCGAGAGUCAGACCCCCUACAUACUCACGCCAGCAACCGGGAGGGUGGAGCACGGAUCUCUGGGACGUCGCGAGGGUGCAGAUCCAUUGGGUCAAUCUCGGCGGAGGAAGAACAUGACAGAGUUUUUAGGGGAGACGAACAUUCCCACACCGGAUACGCUUGGGCAGUUGGGUGGCUCGCUUCCCAGCGUGGGCUCCGGUCCUGACAGCUGGAAAAACCGAGCUGCCGGCCGCUUCAGUGGCCUCUUCAGUUCCAAUGCUGCGACGGCAUCCUUCGGCAAGGAAGUGGACCGACUGGAGCAGCUCCAGAGCAAGCUGCACUCAUAUACGUCGUUCGGGCUGCCCAAGAUUCCUCGUCAGCUCUCCUUCCACCAGGACUCCUGGGAGGAGGAGGAUGAGCAGGAGCCCGACCUGGUACUGGAGGACAGCUGGCAGAUGUUGCUGGACAAUGCUGAGACUUUGACAAGGAGACAGUUCCACCAACAGGAAGCUAUAUGGGAGCUGUUACACACUGAAGCCACCUACAUUAAAAAACUACGAGUCAUCACUGACCUCUUCCUGUGCGGCCUACUCAACCUGCAAGAGAGCGGCCUGCUGACCGAAGUGGAACCCACACGUCUCUUCAGCAACAUCCAGGAGAUUGUACGUCUGCACACGUCACUCUGGAACCAGGUCAUGCACCCACUGUUAGACAAGGCCAGGCAGGCCCGGGCAUUGCUUGACCCCACUGACCUCCAGCAUGGAUUCAUGACGUUCGCCUCCAGAUUCAAGCCGUACAUCUCUUACUGCAUGGAGGAGGAAAGCUGCAUGGAGAACAUGCGAGCACUUCUCAGGGACAAUGAGCUCUUUAAGACAUAUGUCACCUGGGGUGAGAUGCACAAACAGUGCAACCGUCUAAAAUUGGCAGACAUGUUGGCAAAGCCUCACCAGCGGCUGACCAAAUACCCCCUCCUGCUGAAGAGCGUGCUGAAGAAGACAGAUGAUUCAGCUACGCGUGAUGUCAUUAGCAGUAUGGUGGUCUCGGUGGAGGGGUUCAUCGACAGUAUCAAUUCACACAUGCGCCAGCGUCAGGAGCAGCAAAAGUUGGCUACCAUUUCUGCCCGCAUCGAAUCCUACGAGGCAGUAGAGGGCAGUAGCCAGGAGGUAGAGAAGAUCCUCAAAGAGUACAACCACUUCGACCUUAUGGCUCCCAUGAAAGGAACAUCUGCCGAGGAGACGCGACAGCUCCACCUUGAAGGCGCUCUGAGAAUGAAGGAGGGCAAAGACAGUCGGAUGGAUGUGUACUGCUUCCUCUUCACUGAUCUGCUGCUCAUUACCAAGCCGGUGAAGAGAGUGGAGAAGGUCAAAAUCAUCCGGCAGCCUCUCCUAAUCCACAACAUUGUCUGCAAGGAGCUGAAAGACACAGGCUCCUUCAUCCUCAUCUACCUCAAUGAGUUCAGGAGCGCUGUGGCUGCCUACACUUUCCAAGCCAACAGCGCCUCCCAGGGGCGAAGCUGGAUCGAGUCAAUCUGCAACGUCCAGAACCAAUUCCAAAGGCUCCACACCGAGGAAGUGAUCCGACUACAAACUUCUCUCACGAGUUGCACGGUGGGUGAAGAAGAGCAGGAUGAGGAAGAGGAGGAUGAGAGCAGCAACUCAACUGCAAGUUCGCCAUGUCUGAGACACAAAGAUCAGCAUGAUUUAAGUCAAUCGGACGGUUCCACUGAGACGUUGUCAGUCAUGGAAGUCGAGGUGCCGGCCGAGUCUCAAGCGGCUUCCGAUGCCAGCCUUGGUCCGGUGGCUGACACCGACACUGCUUCUGACGUGUCCGCCCUGUCAGAAGUCGAACGCCCCGCGAGUCUCCAUAGGACCUCCUCCAGCGAGGAGCUAGACCCUCAGUAUCGCUCUCUCUCCAUGGACAGCGCCUACGGUACACUCUCCCCAGUGUCACUCCUCAGAGAACUUCAGCCCCCGCAAAGCGAAGAAGAGUGCACUGAGGAGGAAGACGAGGAGGAAGAUUCUGCCUCACUUGGCUCACAGUUGUCAGUGGUCCAGCCGUGCAAACCUCGACGAUGGGCUCAUGUGCAGCCUAGGCUCCACUGCCUCCAGAAGCAGUCUCCUCUGGCCUUAUCGCGCUCCGAGGACAACCUCCUGCAGCGUCUGUACGCCAAAAGUCAGCCCUCACACAACCCGACUAGACCAGAGGCAUCCCCGCUAGCGCACAGCAAGAGCAUGUCAGAACUCGGGAGCAACGGCGCAGACUUCUUAUCCGUCAACCUCCGCCAAGAUGUCCUCGACGAGCUCUGUCCCCGCGUCUCUGACGGGGCUGCGAAAAGGGAGUCCGAACCGACGGCAGGGGGUGAUCUGAGAGAAAUGUCGCCUAGUGCGAGGACGUCCCCGGCACAGCAGCACAAGAAACUGACGCUAGCGCAGCUUUAUCGAAUACGUACCACUCUGGUCCUCAACUCUACGCUCACUGCAUCAGAGGUGUAACCAUCAACUUGUCUUUCUUGCGGGAGACACCACUGCACUCUUCUACGCUGUCUCUUUCUCAAUAUCUCGACGCCGCUCCCGCUCGCUAUGCCGAAGCGGCGGCCGAGUGACUGUUUCACUGCUUGCACUUUGCGGAGGACGUAGCAACCACAGGAGGGCGCAACUCAGACAAGGGUGGGCCCCAUCCUCUUGAACAAGAAGACCCAGAGUGGAUGUUUUUGUGACUUUUUGAUUUGGUUCGACGAGAGGAAAGAUAAUUGCACAUUUUCUUUAGGAAAAAAAGAAAAAUCACUAAGGAGUGAAACUACAUUUACCGUUCAAUGUUUAUGUUUGAAUGAUCAAGGACCAAAAGUGUGACCAAAGAUGAGUCCAUCAGGUUUUUCCUCCUAGCUGCGGGCAUUUUUGUUUCUAUUUUUGACUGAUUUUGUUAGGGCUUUCCUGCGCUGCACUAUAUCAAAACACACAUGACAGUCACUUGACCGUGUCCUUUCUUGCUGGUCAUGUUUUUGGUUUUGUAGCGAGACUGAACAAAUUUGUUUGGAGGAGGGUGUUGAAUAUUCAAAGUGUGACACAACACUUCAACACUUAGUUUUCCUAACUAAAUGGCUUUUGGCUGUUUACAUUUUUGUUUUGUUAAUGUCUCAUAUUUAUUUUGUACAAAGGAGUAUAAAGGUCCCACUGAAGAAAAAACUAAUAUGCUGUACUCCAAGAGUGAAGACAAGAUUAAAGUUGUAAUACUAUGAGGAGAAAAGUAAAAAUAUCCAGGGAAUGAAGUUGUAAUAUAAAAGAAAAAAAGUAUAUCAUAAUGGAAAUAAUGAAACAGUUAUGAAGACAUGGUAUUCAUGUCACAAGAAAAUAUUUGCAAAAUUAGAUUACAGAAAAGUCACAUUUUUCUCAUAUUAUUACAAUAUUUUUCCAGGAUGGUCUUAAUACUCCUUUGUUAAUUUUCUGCUAUGUUGUGUGUGUAUAAAUAUAAAUAAGAUAUUGUUGUGCUUCCAA